AUGUAUAUAGAAAGAAUGUUGACUAUAAAACGGGUGCCAACAGUGGUCUCUAAUUAUCAAGAGAAUGCUUCAUCUGAGGACCUGGAAAGCAAGGCUGGAGGAUGUGGCCGCAAUUGCCUUGGAAAGUGCUGCUUGCCUGUUUCCAAGCUACCUAUCUAUGCAUUCAAGAAUUUGGAGCACGAGAUGGUUGAGAAUGGCAUGGACUUGUCUUGUGGAAAAGGACCUCCAAUGUCCUUUUUGAAUAAUUUGUUGCUGGGACAGUGGGAGGAGCGCAUGAGUAGGGGCCUUUUUAGGUAUGAUGUGACCACCUGUGAGACAAAGGUCAUUCCAGGCACAUAUGGUUUUAUUGCACAGCUAAACGAGGGGCGCCACCUUAAGAAACGAGCAACUGAAUUUCGUGUUGAUCAGGUUCUUCAGACAUUUGAUGAUAACAAGUUCAACUUUACAAAAGUGGGCCAAGAGGAAGUCCUCUUCAGGUUUGAACCAAGCAAUGACAAUGAGAUGCAUUUCUUCCUCAGUUCAGCAGUUGAUGCUGCUUCUGUCUCACCCAGUGUUGUUGCCAUCAAUGUGAGUCCUAUUGAGUAUGGGCAUGUGCUUCUGAUACCUCGUGUUCUUGAUUGCUUCCCGCAGAGGAUUGAUCAUGAAAGUUUCUUGCUUGCCCUUCACUUAGCUAGAGAAACAGCAGAUCCCGCCUUCCGAGUGGGUUAUAAUAGCUUGGGUGCAUUUGCCACCAUCAAUCACCUCCACUUCCAGGCAUAUUACUUGUCACUUCCAUUACCAAUAGAGAAAGCAUCAACUUGCAGAUUAAUGACCAGCAAGGGACCAACUAAUACUGGUGUGAUGGUAUCUAAGUUACUGGAUUAUCCUGUGUCUGGUCUUGUUUUUGAGGGUGGAUGCACGUUGCGCGAUUUAUCUGAUGCAGUUUCCGAUUCCUGUGUUUUCCUCCAAAAUAAUAAUAUUCCUUUCAACGUACUGAUAGCUGAUUGUGGCAGAAGAAUAUUUUUGCUACCUCAGUGUUAUGCCAAGAAACAAGCACUCGGAGAAGUAGGACAGGAGCUUCUGGACACUCAAGUGAAUCCCGCUGUUUGGGAAAUCAGUGGACACAUAGUGCUUAAGAGAAGAAAGGAUUACGAUGAAGCAUCUGAACAAUAUGUUUGGAGACUUCUUUCUGAGGUUUCUCUAUCAGAAAAGAGGUUUCAGGAGGUGACACACUUUAUUGCUGAGGCGGCUGGUUUCUCGCAAGUAGAAGUUGACAUCAACGCAAACCAUCAGCGUGGUGUGCCACGAGCCACUUCACAUCUUCAUAAAGAUUGUCUCAUGCAGCAUUGA